AUGCAAUUUAAAUAACGUGAAAAAUGAGUGAGAAGGACAGCGCAGUUAGCGCUGGUAAAGAAGGUCAAAGCGGGGACAAAAGCGGCGCUGCAGAUACGAGGAGCGCAAACACGCCGCAUGAGCAAGACAAUGUUUACUCGUACGACAUGGAGGACCCAGGCGAGGAGAGCGACGUGCUGGACGCGUCGGAUCCCAGAGACAGCGCGCCGAGCCCGGAGGAGCUGAACGACGACGACGCGUUCGGCGGCGGCGAGAAUGUGCCGAAGAAGUGCGUGUACGACGGCUGCACGGAGACCACCACGCAGGUGGCCAAGCAGAGGAAGCCGUGGAUGUGUAAAAAGCACCGCAAUAAAAUGUACAAGGACAAGUACAAGAAGAAGAAGAGCGACCAGGCCAUGUCGUCUGGGAAACUGGAAGAGGGCUCAGAGGAGAGACCUGUUUCUGUAACUAAGCAACGGCUUGGGACCACAGGAGACCGUCCAGCAAGACCAUCUCUCAUAGAGCAAGUGUUAAACCAAAAGAGACUUUCGCUGCUGCGCAGUCCUGAAGUCAUCAGUUUUCUCCAGCAGCAACAGCGCAUGCUCACCAUGCAGAGCCGUUCCCAGAACCAGCAGGACUACUGAUGCCCAGUGUUUCCAGCCACAUCACCAGCAGACUGGACCAGGGACAGAGGAAACACAAGGACAUCUUCCGCCCCAGAGCAGGGGCAUGUUCCUUGUCUGUGAUGUCAUAGCAUGACAUCAAAGUUCUGAAGCGGCUUCGUCGUCGUGAUGCAGGACUGCAGUUAACAUGACAAUCACACUAUUAGCAGAUCUACUGUAAGAGCUGAGUUGUCGUCUUCACCUGUUGGCAUGGUUUUGUCCUUUUAUUGUUAUGCAUUUGUAUCCUUUUUUUUUUUUUUUAAACAAUUAUGUAAAUUCAGUGGCUGUGCUGUAAAAUCGGCAGCAUUAUAUUAACUCUUGAUGUUCACCUGUCUCUAGAUAUUUUGCUUUGUGCAAUUAUAAACUCAUCCUGAAUCACGUUAGUUAUACAGAUAGUCCCAUCAGUAUUCUGAUCUCAUUCUCACCUGUGUCAUAGUGAUCACUGAGGCAGUAUAAUGUGUAGUACUCAUGAUGCAUGUCAUAAGAUAGCUGAAUUUCAUACUUUUUUUAAAUGGGUGCUAAAAGUGAUCAGCCUUUUUAAUUACAAAAGUUUAUGUACCAUUAUCUUGUUGGUUUGAUUUUUAAAUUUGGAGUAGCUGCAUAAUGUUUUAUGGGCCAGUUUGUUGUUUUUUGUGUGUGUUUUCUUUGCAUUCUUCUUUAGGUCUUGGUGAGUGUACACACAUCCGAAAAACAAAUUCUAUAUUUAAAAAAGUGACAAGGGACAAAAUAAUCAAGACAUUAAAUGUUAUAGCAGUCACAAUUUAUGUUGCCAAAGCAAACUCCAACUUAACAUUGCUACCACUGAUGCAUCAUCUUUCUGUCCUCUUUUGUUAACUUAUUAUUUAUGUUGCUGUCUUUAAUUGUACAGAACUGAUAUCAGACUAUGGAAUAGUGACCAUGAUAAUAAAAAAAAAUUCUUAACAUA